UAAGAUGAGUGAGAUUUUUUUCAUGCAAUUGAAUCUAUGCCAUGAGAAGUCUACCCCACUAAUCACUGAGGAUGUAUAAAGGUCCCAGGGAAGCUGGUGAUAGUUGUACUCAGGAAACUUGCCCUUGACCUCCAAACACAUCUACAGUUGCUGAACCAUGAGCCACUACAGAAGCUAUUAUGGAGGCCUGGGCUAUGGCUAUGGAGGCUUUGGUGGCCGGGGCUAUGGCUAUGGCUGUGGCUGUGGCAGCUUCCGCAGGUUGGGCUAUGGCUGUGGCUACAGAGGCUAUGGAUUCAGCUCCUGCCGACCAUUAUACUACGGAGGAUAUGGAUUCUCUACCUUCUACUGAAGAGUGAACUCAUUCUUUGGAUCACUAGAAUCUGUCUAUCAUCCUGACUUAAUUCUCCUUUCAGGUCUUUUUACCCCCUCUGUCAAUUGUGCAGUCAUUUUCUUGAUAAACCAGACAAAGCAGCAAAGGGUGCCUUGUGAACUCUUCAAAGUCAAGACUCAAUUCUGGCAACAAACACAACAGAAUCAGUGGCAGCAGCAAGGGGAACCUGUAGAACGACCUAGAAUCCCACCUUUCAAGCUGUGAAUCCCUCUCUUCCCUUAUUAAUAUAUCAACAUGGCACCAACUCUUCUAUUUUAGUAAACUAAUUUUAAUAGUAGAGCAAAUUUAGUUUAUUUUUUUUUUUUCUGUUUUACUGUGGUAAGAACACUUAACAUGAGAUCCACCCUCCUAACAACUUUUUGAGUCAACCAUGCAUUAUUGUCGACUACAGGUACAAUACUGUAUAGCUAAUCUGUAAGGUCCGUUCACCUUGCCUGACUGAAACUUCAGCCUCUUUGUCAGUAACUCCCUAGUUCUCCUUUCACCCAGCCCCUGGUAACUGCCAUUCUACUCUUGGAUUCUACAAAUUUCACUCUUUUGGAUGCCUCAUGUAAAGUGGAAUUGGGCAGUUAUUUGUCUUUCUGUGGCUGGUAUAUCUCACUUGGUUUCAUUUCUAUUGAUUCGUUUCACAGAACCAGACCCAAGCUUCCAGGGUCUGUGUGUGUGCAUUCACCAUUGUAUAUUCUGUGGUCAUGACAAUACCUGGCAUGUAUAAGGCAGUCAAGAAUAUUUGUGGAUUAAGAAACUUGCUCAUCGGUGUUAUAAUAUAAAAUCAUUUUUAAUCUGUCCAGUAGUUUGGGGAUAAUUUGGGGUUAAUGGUGUUCUUUUAUAACUCUCCACCCUCUUCUCACCCCAUUUCCUCUUAUACACACACAUACUCACACACUCACACACUCUGAUCAAACAUCUCUUACCCUGGGUGGAAUUUAUUUUUGCCCCAGCAGCUGAUAAAAAACCUCAACAGUAGCACUCCAUAGGUACACCCUUACAGGGUCAGGCAGAAUGCCUUGCAUUUUGUCAAGACACAUAAAUGAAAACUUACUUGCUUUCAAGGCAAGCUACAGAUACUUGCCACAUAACUGGAAAAUGUGCACAUUUGGACUUCACCAUAAACAACCUAAUGUCUAUCAAUGGUAUAAUGGAAAAAUAAAUUGCAGUAUAGUCUUACAAUGGAAUAUUACACAGCAAUGACAAUGGCCAAACUAGAGCUAUAGGCAACAACAUGGCUGAACCUCAUGAUCAUAACGUGGAGUGAAAGAACCCAGGCAUAAAAGAAUAAAUACAGUAUGAGUCCAUUUAUUUAAGUUUUUAGGCAAGAAAAACGAGAUUACAGGGUUAGAAGUCAGGAUAGUUGUUACCUUUGGGAAGAUAGUAUUCAUGGGAAGGCUCGAGGGGGACUUCUGAGGUGCUGGCAAUUUUCCAUGUUUUGAUCUGGAAGUGGUUACAUGGAGGUUCUUUCUAAGUUAUUAAAUUUAUGUUGUAUGUAUUUUUCAGCAUGUUUGUUAUAUUUCAAUUUAAAGUGGUCUAAAAAUUGAUAAUAUUCCAUGACUUCAAAAAUGCCUUCUAGGAGCAGAUAGUUCAGAUAGUUCAAGUUUUUUUGAGGACCUACUUUGUAUUACAUGCUGGCUACGACAUACGGAAAUUUCAAAUGAAUAGUCCAUCGCUUUUGGUGUCAAGAAACUCAAAAUACAGCAGCCCAUAAUGGAGGCAUAGGUGGGGAAGGGAGGUCUUUGAAAAGGGAGUGGUGAGUUUCUAUUCCAGAAUUUAGGAGAAGAUUAGGAAAGUUUCUCCUA